CGAUAAACGCGAUUGCGGCUUAACUUGUGGAGGGGCGGUUAGGCUCCGGGGGUCGGCCCUGGCUAAGUAGUGUGUUCUGUUUUUGUGUGUUUCCUCGGGCUUCACGCUGGAGGGCCAGUUUUUUUCUUUGUGCAUCAUCUUCUACCAGAGAAAUGGUCGCUUUCCCCUAGUCUAGACACGCUUUAAGUAGCAGUAGUAAAAGUCAGUUUUCAAGCAUUGGAAGACUUAUAAAGGAACAUUGUGCAACAUGGAAUCUUUACCAGAAGAAUUUUUUGUGAGUAGGGAUUCUACUGUGGAAGAACAGACUGAAGAGGAAACUGAGAAUAAGAUAGAAAAAUCAACCAGUCAACUGGACAAACAGAAAAAGGACAUACCUACUGACCUUGUUCCAGUUAACCUGCUAUUAGAAGUUAAGAAGUUAUUAAAUGCAAUUAAUACUCUACCAAAAGGUGUGAUUCCUCACAUUAAGAAGUUCUUACAAGAAGAUUUUUCUUUCCAGACUAUGCAGAGAGAAGUUGCAGCAAAUAGCCAGAAUGGGGAGGAAAUUGUUCCUGCUUUAACUUUACGUUUUUUGAUAACACAAUUGGAAACAGCACUUAGGAACAUUCAAGCUACUAAUUAUACUGCAUACCAAAUUAAUAUUGGUUAUUAUUUGACAUUACUGUUUUUAUAUGGAGUAGCACUCACUGAAAGAGGAAAGAAAGAGGAUUAUACAGAAGCUGAGAACAAAUUUCUGGUGAUGAAGAUGGUAAUUCAAGAAAAUGAAAUUUGUGAAAACUUUAUGUGUUUAGUUUAUUUUGGACGUGGUUUACUUCGAUGUGCACAGAAGAGAUAUAAUGGAGGACUGCUAGAAUUUCAUAAAAGCUUACAAGAAAUAGGAGAUACAAGUGAUCAUUGGUUUGACAUAGAUCCUACAGAAGAUGGAGAUUUACCUACAACUUUUAAAGAUCUUCUCAAUAAUUUUAUCAAGACAACUGAAAGUAAUAUAAUGAAACAGACCAUUUGUAGUUAUCUAGAUUGUGAACGAUCUUGUGAAGCUGACAUUUUAAAGAACACCAAUUAUAAGGGAUUUUUUCAGUUAAUGUGCAGUAAAAGUUGCUGUGUUUAUUUCCAUAAAAUUUGUUGGAAAAAGUUCAAGAAUUUAAAAUAUCCAGGUGAACAUGAUCAGAGUUUUAGUGGGAAAAAAUGUUUGAAGGAAGGAUGUACAGGUGACAUGGUAAGAAUGCUACAAUGUGAUGUACCUGGCAUUGUUAAAAUUUUGUUUGAAGUUGUGAGAAAGGAUGAAUAUAUAACCAUUGAGAAUUUAGGAGCAAGUUAUAAGAAGUUGAUGUCUCUGAAAAUAACUGAUACUGAUAUAAGACCGAAGAUCAGUUUAAAAUUUAAUACAAAAGAUGAAAUGCCUAUCUUCAAACUUGAUUAUAAUUAUUUCUAUCAUCUGCUUCAUAUAAUUAUUAUUUCUGGUACUGACAUUGUCCGGCAAAUAUUUGAUGAGGCUAUGCCACCCCCUCUUUUGAAAAAAGAGCUGCUUAUACACAAGAAUGUGCUGGAAUCCUACUACAACCAUCUUUGGACCAAUCACCCAUUGGGUGGAUCAUGGCAUCUUCUUUAUCCUCCAAACAAGGAGCUACCACAGUCCAAACAGUUUGACUUAUGCCUUCUAUUAGCUCUCAUAAAACAUUUGAAUGUAUUCCCUGCACCAAAAAAAGGCUGGAAUAUGGAACCACCAUCUUCUGAUCUCUCUAAGUCUGCAGACAUCCUGAGGCUGUGCAAAUACAGGGAUAUCCUUCUUAGUGAGAUUUUGAUGAAUGGUCUCACUGAGUCACAAUUCAGUUCAAUUUGGAAAAAAGUUUCAGAUAUUCUUCUGCGCCUUGGGAUGAAGCAAGAGGAUAUUGACAAAGUGAAGGAAAAUCCCAUUGAGAAUAUCUCCCUUGAUUACCAUCAGCUAUCCAUCUACCUAGGCAUACCAGUACCAGAAAUCAUCCAGAGGAUGUUAUCCUGCUAUCAACAAGGAAUUGCUCUGCAGUCAAUAACUGGCAGUCAACGUAUUGAAAUAGAAGAGUUGCAGAAUGAAGAGGAAGAACUAAGUCCACCAUUCAUGGAAUAUAAUAUAAACGUGAAAUCAAACCCUGAAAUACAGUUAGCAGAAAUGAGUAAAGAUGGAGCCUCGAUACCCAGUGAAUCUUCAACAGAAUCUAUUAAAGAUCUCCAGGAAGUUAAGAGUAAACCAAAGAAAAAGAAAAAAACUAAGAAUAAAAAGAAUAAGGACUCAAAAGAAGAGCAAGUCUCAUAUAUGGUAGAGAAGGAAGAACAGUUGAAGAAAGAACAAACAAAUCCACAACUCAUUGGUAGAUUUAUGAAAGAUGAUGCAAGUGACAUUCAAGAGGAUUCUGCAUCUGAAGACAAGUUUUAUAGCCUGGAUGAAUUGCAUAUUCUAGACAUGAUAGAGCAGGGUUCAACUGGCAAGGUAACUACAGACAAUGGAGAAACUGAAAAGGAAAGGCUUGCCCGUCAACGGCAGCUUUAUAAAUUGCACUAUCAGUGUGAAGAUUUCAAAAGACAGUUGAAAACAGUGACAUUUAGAUGGCAAGAAAAUCAAAUGCAAAUUAAAAAGAAAGACAAAAUCAUUGCAUCUCUUAACCAACAAGUGGCUUUUGGAAUCAAUAAAGUCUCCAAAUUACAACGUCAGAUCCAUGCUAAAGAUAAUGAAAUCAAGAACCUUAAAGAGCAACUUUCCAUGAAAAGAUCCCAGUGGGAAAUGGAGAAGCAUAAUCUGGAAAGCACAAUUAAAACAUACUUAAGCAAGGUGAAUGCAGAAACUAGCAGAGCCUUAACAGCUGAGGUGUAUUUCUUACAGUGUCGUAGAGAUUUUGGUUUGCUUCAUCUGGAGCAGACUGAAAAGGAGUGUCUCAAUCAGCUUGCCAGAGUGACUCACAUGGCUGCAAGCAAUCUAGAAUCACUUCAAUUAAAGGCUGCAGUAGAUAGUUGGAAUGCCAUUGUGACGGAUGUUAGAAACAAGAUUGCAUUUCUCAGGACACAGUACAAUGAGCAAAUUAGUAAGGUGAAGCAAGGGUUUGCCUUGAGUUCCUUGCCUCCAGUCCAGCUUCCUCCACCACCACCCAGUCCUGAAAUAUUGAUGCAGCAGUUCUUGGGAAGACCACUUGUGAAAGAAUCAUUCUUCAGACCCAUACUUACUGUUCCUCAAAUGCCACCAGUUUGCUCUGGUGUCAUCUCUACAGCAGGCCAACCUAGAACCCCCCUGAUGACUGGCAUAGCCUGGACUAUGCCAGCUCCUGUGGGAGAGACUGUGCUUCCUGGUACAGGUCUGGGAAAUGAUCCUUCCCUGAUGAAUUUGGAGAGGAUUACAGACAGGCUGAAAACUGCUUUCCCACAACAAACCAGAAAGGAACUUACAGAUUUCUUACGAAAAUUGAAGGAUUCUCAUGGGAAGACCUUAUCUGGGCUGACAUUUGAUGAAAUUGUUUACAAAAUUUCCCAAUUUAUUGAUCCCAAGAAAUCACAGAGUCAAGGAAAAUCAGUACCAAAUGGCAAUUGUGUUUCACCCAGUCAUACCUCAUCACAGCCUAAUGCUCCCCAGACCCCCAAACCAGCUUGGAAACCCCUCAGUUCACAAGGUUCUGCCACAUGGGAAGGAGCAAAUAAUUUGGAUGAUGAGGAGGAAGAAGAGGAACCUUGUGUAAUCUGUCAUGAGAAUCUUUCUCCAGAAAACCUUUCAGUUUUGCCUUGUGCUCACAAAUUCCACUCUCAGUGCAUUAGACCAUGGUUGAUGCAACAGGGGACAUGCCCAACCUGUAGACUCCAUGUUUUAUUACCAGAGGAAUUUCCUGGUCACCCCAGCCGACAGUUGCCCAAGGUGUGAUAUAAGGCAGGUGACUGCAAAGGAGGCUAAGUUUUCAUACUCCAGAACUUAGUUCUGCCUUUUAUUAUGAACUGAUUGUGUGAGUAGUGUGAAGCAGUGCUCUCCUAUUAUGCUAAAGAAGCAAGCUAAUCUCAUUGAAGAGGCAGCCAGAGGAAUCAAGACAAAUCUUCAAGACUUGUGAACUGAACUAAAGAGGUUUAAAGAAGAUGAGUUUUGUUAAAUUAUAUUUGCUCUUAUCUUCGUAGGUGUUUUUUCUCCUGUAAACACGAUAGCUAUGUUGCUGAAUUUCUUAAGAUUUCUUGUCUUUCUUCCUUCUUAUUCUACUCAUUCUUUACUUUCUGACAAGUACACUACAUUAUAAUUUCCUGAAAAAAGUUUAGGAGAAAAAAUAGAAUAGUGAAGAAGAGAAGUAGAAAAAUCCCAUGGAUUUUAGUGUUCCUCUUAACUUUUAAAUAUUAGCUAUAAAAAUUUAAUUGGAUUAUUUAAAUUGUAUUUCUCUUUCCUAUUCUUUUCUGUCCUCUAAAGUAUGUACCCAUGAAGAGAUUGUGAGCUACUUGAUGGUAGAGACCACACUGUCAGGUAGCUCACAAUCUCUUCAUGGGUACAUAUUUUAGAGGUGUGUUGGAGCUGGUUUGUAAUGGCUUAUGAGGGAUGAUUGUUAAAGUUUCAGAAAUUUUGCAAACUAGGCAUCAAAUGAUUGGUGGAAGGAAAGCUGCCGUAUUGGCAGUAUUUAUACUG